AUGGUGCUCGACAUGGAUCUUUUCCGCGAAGAGAAGGGUGGAAACCCGGAACUCAUUCGUGAUUCGCAAAGAAAACGCUACAAGGAUCCAAAGCUUGUUGAUGAAGUUAUUGCACUUGAUCAGCAAUGGAGAAAAGAGCGAUUCAUGGCUGAUCAGCUGAAUAGACAAAAAAAUGUUUUCAGCAAGGCUAUCGGUGAGAAAAUGAAGAAAAAAGAGCCACAAGGCGACAACGAUAAUGUCGAUGACGCUAUCGUCGCGAAACUCGCUGAUCUCAAGCUUGACGAGCUUAGCCAAUUGAGCGUUGUGCAAAUUAAGAAGCUCAGAGUUCUUGUCGAUGAAAAGAUGGCUGAGUCAAAAGCGUCAAUGGAAGCCGCCGAAAUCGCUAGAAAUGAGAAAUUGAUUCAAAUCGGAAAUUUGAUUCACGAUUCUGUUGUUGUUUCGGAUAACGAAGACAAUAACAAGGUUGAGGCCACUUUUGGAGACAUCACGUCAAGGAAAAAAUACUCUCAUGUCGAUCUCGUUGUCAUGGUAGACGGAUUCGACGGGGAACGCGGAACUGUCGUUGCUGGAAAUCGUGGCUACUUCCUUAAGGGACCACUUGUGUUCCUUGAACAAGCCAUCAUUCAGCUUGCACUCCAGAAACUUCUCAAAAAGGGUUUCACUCCACUCUACACCCCAUUCUUCAUGAGAAAGGAGGUCAUGCAGGAGGUCGCCCAGCUUAGUCAAUUCGACGAAGAGCUCUACAAGGUUUCCGGAAAGGGCUCUGAAAUCGCUGGAGAUCAAACGAUCGAUGAGAAAUACUUGAUCGCCACUUCUGAACAGCCGAUCGCUGCUUAUCACCGUAACGAGUGGAUAAAGGAGUCCGAGCUACCAAUUAAGUAUGCGGGAGUCUCGACAUGUUUCCGACAAGAAGUUGGAAGCCAUGGUAGAGAUACACGAGGAAUCUUCCGUGUUCAUCAAUUCGAAAAAAUUGAGCAGUUUGUUUUGUGCAGCCCAAAUGAUAACGAAUCAUGGAAACUUUUCGAAGAGAUGAUCGGAAAUGCAAAAGAAUACUACGAGGAGCUUGAAAUCCCAUACCAAAUCGUCAACAUCGUAUCUGGGGAACUCAACAAUGCAGCGUCGAAGAAAUUCGAUUUGGAAGCUUGGUUCCCAGGAUCCGGAGCUUUCCGUGAGCUGGUCUCAUGCUCAAACUGCUUGGAUUAUCAAGCUAGACGUCUUCGUGUGCGAUAUGGACAAACGAAAAAGUUGGAUGGAGAGGUUAAAUUCGUUCAUAUGCUUAACUCAACAAUGUGUGCUACUACUCGUGUCAUUUGCGCAAUUCUUGAGAAUAACCAAACCGAAGAAGGAAUCAAUAUUCCAGUUGCCCUUCAACAAUUUAUGCCUGAAAAAUAUCGCACCCAAAUUCCAUUUGUUAAGCCUGCUCCAAUCGAUGAAGAGCAAAAGAAAAAAGGCGGAAAGUGA